CGCUACCUGCUUGUUUUCAACUGACUCCGGAGCUCCCCCGAGGUCUCUCAGAAGGUAGAGCUGCGUCCCAAAAGGGGGCGUCUCUCUCUCCCCUCCUCUCUUUCUCUCUGCAGCUUCUCCGCUCCUGCUCUGGCCGUGCUGAGGCAGGAUCAUGGUGCCGAAGUGCGGGGCGGCUCUGUCUCCCGGCACGCUCUGCCUGGCCGCUGCGCUCAAUGGGCUACUCAGCUUCGGCUUUCUGGCUGCGGCCAUCGGCACCGACUACUGGUACUUGAUCCACGUGGACGGGGCUGGGCGCAACGGCAGCGCUCGGGAUGGCGAGGAACUGAGUUCUCACUCCGGGCUCUGGCGGCUCUGCGAAGGUAAGGGAGGACGGGGCAGCCUUGCUUGCUCCUUGCCUGCCGGUGCCGCUGUCCCAUGCCAUCUCCUUGGCGUGGACAGGAACUCCGUGGCUACUUGAUCCGGGAGA